AUGUUGUCAAACGCAAUAUCCACUUCAAGCCUCAUCUUCGUUCUCUUCCUCACCGCCUCUUUCGCCGUCUCCGACCAGAAACCAACCGCUUACGACGCUGUCAAAAGCUACAAUUUACCAGAAGGGAUCCUCCCAAUAGGUGUCGUUGACUACGAGCUUAACCCAAAAACCGGCGAUUUCAAAGUCUAUUUUAACGACACAUGUGAAUUCUCCAUCCAAUCGUACCAGCUCAAGUACAAAUCAACUAUCUCCGGAGUUAUAUCCACCGGUCAUGUCAAGAAUCUGAAAGGCGUUAGCGUUAAGAUUCGAAUCAUCCAGAUGCCUCGUCUCGCAAUUGUAAUCGCUUCUUUUCUCUUCCUCCUCCAUCUACCUUCUCCACUCGCCGUCGCCGCAGAAGCAGAUUCGCCGACGGCGUACUCUCUCCUCCAGAGCUACAACUUCCCCGUCGGAAUCCUUCCGAAAGGAGUCGUGGCUUACGAUUUAGACACAUCAACAGGCAAAUUCCAUGCGUAUUUCAAUGAUUCGUGUAGCUUCUCUCUCGUGGGUUCCUAUCAAUUGAACUACAAAUCGACAAUCAGUGGUUACAUCUCCGAGAACAAGCUCAAGAAUUUGAGUGGCAUCAAGGUGAAGGUUCUGUUCUUGUGGCUCAACAUCGUGGAGGUCACCAGGAACGGUGACGAGAUGGGGUUUUCCGUCGGGUUUACGUCGGCGAAUUUCGCGAUCCAGGAGUUUCUGGAGUCGCCUCAGUGUGGGUGUGGAUUUGAGUGCAAGGAUUCGGAAUCGGAGAGAGACUUACUUUUUGCUUCUUGA